GCACGUACAAUGACACAUCCUGCUCGCACUGGCAACACAAAGCACGAGCGCUGUUGCAUAUCCAAAGGUCCUUCGCAUGCAUAUGCGUGGCGAGGCAGACUGAACAGAUGACAUGACGCCAACCAGCUGUGCUGUUGACAGCAAAUAAUACAUCAGGAGCAGUACAGACUCAUUUGUUGGAGACAUGAUGAGGCAUCGAGUUGCUCCCUACGCUGCUAUAAUUGUUGUUCUUCUGGUAACGUGGGCCAUCUUGAACGACUCCGUACAGCAGAGAGCAAGAGACCUUUUCAGGAUGAAAAUUGCUGUGCAAUUCAAACCAAAAUUCCAACCAAAGUGCAACCUCUCCAAAAGGUGCCCACCCGAUCACUUUGCAAUCCACGUGCGCAGUGGAGCAGCUAAUGUUGUCGGGCCCAAGAUCUGUUUUGAUGGGAAAAUCAUCAUGAGCCAUGUACUGAACAAUGUGGGACCUGGGCUCAACAUUGUUGUUGUAAACAGUGAGAACGGAGCUGUGGACAGAUGUGGCUAUCUGAAUAUGAACGAUGGAGUCCCAGAGGACAUUUUGGCGUACCUAAAAGAGAUUAAACCUGGAGAGAUUGUCAUUGUGGCCUCCUUCGACGACGUGACAACAAAGAUGACAAACGAAAUGAGGGAGAUUUUUGUCGGGAUGGGCAGCGCUUUGAUCAAGUCCGUAAGUUAUCGCGACAACUGGGUGUUUGCAGGGAGAGGCGGGACAGGAAACAGGAGCUCCUUCGAGAAGCGAGUUGCUAAUGACGACACAAGCAACGUUUAUGAGGGAUGGCCUGUGGCGGUGGAGGUGGGCGGCUGUUUCCCAAGAAGCUCUUAAAGGACAUUUCUCAUAAACAAGAAGAUAGGAAUAAAUAUAUAAAUACAGGAGUUAUGUGUUUUGCACUUCCGACCACUUCCUAUUUACUGUCUUAAAGGAUAUUUGCAUUUUGUUCACAAUUUAAAACCGUUCCCAUGUGUCUUCGGAACAUGUCGGUGUGAAUAUCCCAAUAAAGUGCCUUUGGUCUCCUCAUCAGAAUCACUCAGUCAUCAUGAAAAUGGAGCAAAAUAAUGAAACUCUUGAAGUUUUAUUUUAAGUGGACAAACAUUUGUGCAUAUACCAUUACAAUGAUAAUGUGUUUCCUUUAUUAUUUACCAUUUAUUUAUUGGAUGUACGUAACUUUGGCAUGUCCCACACACUGGUCUGCUAAGUACUGUGUAUUGUGUCUAAUACGUGGUUACAUGUUACUAAAUAAUUUCUUACAUGGUUUAACUG